AUGUUUAUUCCUGCUCCUGCAGCUUUUCUUUUUAAUGCAUUAAUCUGUUGCUUCAUUUUCCCUUUCUCACCUCGACGAACUCAUCAGAGUAGUCGAUCCAGAGCCUCUAGAGUGCGACAGCAUGUCCACUGUGACUCCUGCUACAGCCGGCGCUGCAGAGCCCGGGUGGAGGUCUCUGUGUGCUGUGCUUUCACCCCCUGCCGCCUGCACUGUGGAGCCCUCUUCCACCUGUGCAAGGAGGAGGAUCACAUGCUGCUCUGCCCCAACGUGAGAGUCCCCUGCCUGAAUGUUGGGUAUGGCUGCCCACUCCACAUGCCCCGCUCCUCACAGGCGGCUCACCUCCUAGUCUGUCCUGCCAGCUUGGUGUGCUGCUCCAUGGAGUGGAACCGUUGGCCUGCUAAUGACGCCCACUCUUAUCCAAACACAGAGCUGCAUGAGAACCUACUCAAGGAAAAAAAGCAAGGUGACUGUCUGGACCUAGCCAUGGCCUUGAAGGAUCAGGACAGACUGUUUCACUCCUUAAAGAUGAAGAAACUGUUCCCAGAGCUGAUCCAGAGUGUGGAGGAGGAGGAGAAAGAGGAAGAGAGACGGGAAGAGAAGAGGAGGAAGGAGAAGCAAAAGAAGAAGAAAGCUGCUUUGGAGAAGGAGGCAGCAGAAAGGGCCGCCAGUGGUCUCACAUGGGAGUCUUUUAACAUGUUUCAAUCGAAUACUCCUGGUGGAAAAGAUGAGGAUGAGGACGAGUCAUCAGAGGAGGAAUAUGAGCAGGAGCCAAUACUAACCCAGGAGGAGAGGGAAGCUCUCGCCAGGGGGUCAGGAGUGAAUGAUAAUCUGCUAGAAAACUACAACGCCUGGGAGCACAUGUUCAGUAUGGAGAUGGGUAGAUGCAGGGAGAGUGAAGAGGUGAGCAGAGAUCAGGGCCCUGCUAAAGGAAGAGGUCUGGGCACUCUGACAGAGGAAGAUACAGCAGUGGCAUCAAACACCUGCAAACAAGGAAGCAGUGCAUGCAUCUCCUCCUCCACAUCAAACUCCUCCUGUCUUACUAGGAAACUGAAGGAGGAGACAUUUGUGUACGGACAUGUUGACCCAAUGAAGAUUAUCACCGUACGUACCUUCAAAAUCCCGACUAGCUUCUCUGCCAAGCAGUGUCGCAUCCGCAAUCCUAGUUUCUACAAGAAGAAGAGUCAAUCUGUGGACACCAGUGACCUGGGGGUGGGGCCGGAGGGGAUGCCGGUGUGGGAGGAAGUUCAGGCCUCUCUGCUGUGCUCUCUGGAGAAGGAGCAAAGAGGUCACAUGAUUGCAGAGAGCGUUUGCACAGACGGUCUGUUACAAGAUGAAGGCACACAAACCUACAACUUCCUGUCUGCGCCCUUCCGGAGAAAUACAUCACUGGCUGACCUGACUGUUUCAAAGGAGGUGGAGCUGCACCUUCAGCUGCAGGUGGAGAGCGUCACCAGCCGACAUCACAAGGCCAGCUCUGCCUUCACUUUCCUCUGUGGACACACCUUUCAGCGCAGAGAAUAUGGGAAACAUUAUAAGAACGUUCACAGUGACAUCCAGAUGUGUAUUAAUGGGUGGUUUGAGCAGAGAUGCCCUCUGGCCUACCUGGGAUGCACCUACAGUCAGAAGAGGCUGCAGCCCUCCAAAUAUGGAGCCACAGUCUCCUUCAACGAUGAUCUGGGCUGUUUCGGCCUGCAUCCCACCGUCCCUGCCUCUCUGGGUCAGACCUCCCAGCCAUCCAGCAGCUCAGCAAAUUCCUCCAUCACCCAGAAGAAUAGAGGAGUUGGAGGUGGAGGUGGAGGAGGCCAGGACUCUCUGAGUUCGCUGCCCUACGAGGUGCUGUGCCACAUGGCCAGUUUCCUAGACAGUCUGUCCCUGUCCCAGCUGGCUCUGGUGUCCCUGCUCAUGAGGCAGGUGUGCUCCUCUCUGCUGCAGGAGAGAGGGAUGGUCACCCUUUGCUGGGAGAGGGAGACCAGUUCACAAAGAGGAGCCAAGUGGGUGGUGAAACAGAAGGUGUGGCAGUUCAGCACCCUGUUCUCCCCUGUGGACACUUGGUGCUUCCGAGAUGUGCCUCCCAUGUCUGAGCAUCUGAAGGUGUGUCCGUACUACGAGAGAGAGUCGAGGACGGAGAAGAUUCACCUGCCACGCGUGAAAGAGGAAGUCCGUACCAACACGAGCUGCAAGAGCUCCACUCUGGUUAAUGUGUUCCAGCAGAAGAGGAUCAUGAUGUAGUGUAAAGCUCUGAAAACCCACUCAUUAAGUCAUUACAUAAAUAGUUUAAUAAUAAUUUAGCUGUUGCAUGUUGUCCACUCUUUGUCCUGUUAUUGUUAUUCCAAAAUAAAGAUGGAAAAUUCAAUUUAAAAUAAGAAAACUGAGUAGAUUUCUGAGAUCAAAGUUGAAGUAAAGGUCUUUACUCGGUAAAGGAUAUCAUGAGACUUCAGUGCUUCAGAAUCAGCUCUCUUAUAUGGAUAUAGUUCUUCAGUUUAAUACAGUUUCUAACAGAAGUCAUACACAAUAUAUAUAAAUUAAUAU